UAUGUCUCACAAAUUUGUAAUUGUUGGUGCUGGUCUCUCUGGGUUGAGUAAUGCAUUUUUCAUAAAGCAUUUUUUCCCAAAAGCUUAAAUAACCUUAAUAGAGUAAUCUAAUCGUGUAGGAGGCAUGAUCGUUUCAAAUAAUAGAAAUGGAUUUAUAUGUGAGGAAGGACCAAGAUCAAUAAGAAUGGGAAAGUACAAUAGACCAUUAUAUCAUAUUCUAAAUAAGAUAGGACUUUAUAAAGAAUGUAAAAUAAGUAUUAAAUUCAUUAGUUGUUCCAAGUAUUCAGUAACCAUAUAGUUAUAUCUAUUGGAAUGGUAAAUUAAAUGCUGUUCCUUUGUAAAUGAAUUUAGGAACAAUAUCAUAAUUUAUAAAGGAUAAUGGAAGUGGAGAUCUCUUUAAAUUAAUAAAAGCAUAUCCAAAGAUUAUGUUAAUGAAUCCAAAUACAGAUAAUUUAGGAGAAUACUUAGAUCAUGUUUUAGGCAAGGAUUUGACUGAAAAAUAUGCAGAGUCUGUAUUCUAUGGGAUAUAUGGAGAGUCAGUGUACAAUUUAUCAAAGGCUUUGUGCUACACUAAGAGUCAUAUGAAAGGAUAUGAUGACUAAGAAAUAAGCAAAGAUUUGAGUCUUGACAAGGAUUUUGAAUAGGUGAGAGAUGAGAAAUUGUAAGGAGGUAACAAUGAUAAUUAUUGCAUAGCAAAUAGUUAUAGAUUCAAAAAUGGUGUAGAAUCUUUAACAAAAAGAUUGCAUGAUUAUUUAUAGGAGACUUAUAAAAUGGAAUAUAAAAUGUAGUUGAAUUCAAAAGCAAAAGGGAUUGAUUUGGCAAAAAAAGAAUUAAUAGUAGAGAGUAGAGAGGAAUAGGAAGAGUAGAGAAUAAAUUAUGAUUAUUUAAUAUUGAAUGCUCCUACUCAUCAAUUAUCUUAAAUAAUGGCUAAUUCUAAUUUGAAUAAAAUUGGAGAGAUGUUUAGAGGGGUUAAAUGCAAUUCAUUGGUGACAAGAAAUAUAUGUUGGAACUAAAAGAUAUUACCUAAGGAAGUAUAAAAUAGAUAGUAAUAUUAAGUUUGAAGGUUUUGGAUAUUUAAUAAAUCCAAAGUAAGAAUAAGUGAUAUUGGGGAUGGUAGCAGAUUCACUUUCUUUUCCUUCUUAAUAUCCUGAGAAUGCUACUAAUUUGUCUGUUAUGUCAAUAUAUGAUGUGAAUGAUCAUGUAAUUUUGAGUGAAUUGAGUAAACAUUUGGGUGUCAAGAUUCCUGAACCAAAAGAGAUAAUCACUAAAAGUUGGUCAAAAGCAUUUACUAGAUUUUCACCAGGACAUUAGGAAGAAAUGAAGAAAAUAGAGUCAGAAUUGAAUACAAAAAAUAUAAUAAUAGGAGCCAAUAAUUAUACGUUAGCUAUUCCAGAAUUAGUGUACUUAUCUUAUAGUAAGAUGAAACAAUUAUAUUUGUGAA